AUCCAUUUGGAGCCAUGCAGAUGCAGGAGGCGAGGAGGGCGGGGGGGAGAGAGAAGUCCCCACCGGUGUUUCCCAAAAUAUCCAAAGCUCGCGCCUCUCCGACAUCGGGAUUCGAGACAACAAGACCCUAUAAAAAUAGCAUCAUGACCCCCGCGGUUUAAGGGGAGAGAGAGACGCGGAGCCGGUUAAAGCCAAAAACUACGACGAAAAAAGGCGAGGAAAAAAAGAAAGAAAUGAGAGGGAGAAGCAGCGUCGGUCCCCAUAAUUUUGGCCCUUACAUCUCCUAGCUAGGGUUCCCGUCGACGAAUGGCCCGAUCCUGUUCGGACAUUGCACCGAUCCGAUCAGAUCUCGGAGGAAUUUGAUCUCUUCGAUCUUCACUUUGGUGUCAAUUUUAGGGUUUGAUAUGAAGCUAUCUUAUGAAUCUUGACCUACAUUGUGAAAAAAGCAUGGCAGAUUACAGUCACAGAAUGGAGAGCGUGAAUGCUGAAGCUGAUGCGGCGAUGAAAAGAUCGCAACUUGUUGAGUGGCUGAACAAGUUGUUCCCGGAUUUCCUCAUGCCAUUGGAUGCAUCAGAGGAGGAGCUGAGAGAGGAAAUGUCGGAUGGCGUGGUUUUGUGUGCUAUUCUUAAUGGGAAGAAUCUGGCUUCGAUAGAGAGUCAGAGGGGCGUUUUUAUAUCCUCGGAGCAGAGGUUAUAUAAUGUGAAUAGGUUCCUUUCAGCUGUGGAUGAAAUGGGCCUGCCUAGAUUCAACGUGUCGGAUUUGGAGCAGGGAUCUAUGUCUCCUGUUGUGGACUGUCUCUUAUCGCUCAGGGACAUGAUUUGUGGUAAUGGGAAAGAUGGACUUAAUGAUGCCACCAAGUAUGGAAGCCAGCAAAGAAAGAAGUGCGAUCCAAAGUCACCAAUCUCCGGAGAUGAGAAGUCACACGGAAACCCCAGGAACAACGACCCUAAGUCGCCAGUUUCAGGAGAUGAGAUGAAACGGAGCAUUUCAGAACCGAAACUCCAGAAUGCUUUGCGAAACUCUUUCAUGUCAGGUGUCAAAUUCCUGGUCAAGCAGGCUAAAGACAGGGGAAGGGCUUGCCACAUAUCUGAGAAGGCAGUUGAUAAAUCGUCGGCUGCAUUAUUGCAUCCUGCCGGAAAUAAGCUCCACGAGGUUUUCCAGUCAAAACAAGGACGCUUUUCUGAUCUUCCUGCUGCCAAGAUCUCGGAAAUGAUGAAAUCAAACAGUUUAGAUAAUGCCCCAACACAGUCACUUCUAGGUGUUGUUAAUGGGAUUCUCGAUGGAAGCAUCGAGAGGAAGAAUGGGGAAAUUCCUCAUCGUGUAGCUUGCCUAUUGAGGAAAGUUAUACAAGAAAUCGAGCGUCGCAUUUCAACUCAAGCAGAUCAUAUAAGAUGUCAAACUAAUCUAAUUAAAGCACGUGAAGAGAAAUAUCAAUCAAGAAUAAGAGUACUUGAGACAUUAGCUUCUGGUACAAGCGAAGAAACUCAGAUAGUUUCAAACCAACUCCAGAAGAUAAAGACAGAGAAGACAAAAGUUGAAGAAAGCAAGAAACAUGGUGAUCAAGAUAUGGAUAAACUGAUGAAGGAGAAAGAAGAUAGUGAUACUAUGAUUUCAAAGUUAAAGCAGGAACUUGAAACUGUUAAAGAAUCAUAUGAAAACCGCUGUCAGCAAUUGCAGAGAAAUUCAGAGGAAAUCAAAGCAAAAUUAGAGGAGAGAAUAAAGGAGGCUGAAUCCCUCCUGGCAGAAUCCAGAAAGAGGACGAGAGAGCUAGAGACAUUCUCAGAAUCAAAAUUUCAGAAGUUGAACAGGAAAGAACAUGUAUUUCAGAACUUCAUAGGCUCCCAACUACAAUCUGUCAAGAGUAUGAGGGUAGCAUCUGAAUCAAUCAAGCAAGAAGUUAUCAGAACACAAAAAGGAUGGAGGGAAGAAAUGACUAACUUUGGUGUAAAGCUAAAAGUACUAGUAGAUGCUGCUGAGAAUUAUCAUACAAUUCAAGCAGAAAAUCGGAGACUGUUCAAUGAGGUCCAAGAAUUAAAAGGGAAUAUAAGAGUCUUUUGUCGCAUAAGGCCAUUUCUUCCCGGUCAAAAAAGAAAGUCAACAAGUGUUGAUUAUGUUGGAGAAAAUGGUGAAGUAGUUGUUGUAAAUCCCUCUAAACAAGGAAAAGAUGGGCGUCGGAUGUUCAAUUUUAAUAAGGCGUUUGGUCCAGCUUCCACUCAAGAGGAAGUGUAUUCAAAUAUCCAACCUUUAGUACGGUCGGUUCUUGAUGGCUACAAUGUUUGUAUAUUUGCAUAUGGUCAAACUGGUUCUGGCAAAACAUAUACAAUGAGUGGGCCCAAUUCACCAACGAAAGAGGAAUGGGGGGUUAAUUAUCGAGCUCUAAAUGACCUUUUUCAUAUUUCUCACUCUAGAAAAAACACUUUCUUGUACGAAAUAGGCGUUCAGAUGGUCGAAAUAUAUAACGAACAAGUUCGUGAUCUCCUCACAACCAAUGCUUCACAAAAAAGACUUGGGAUCUUAAGUGCUCCUCAAUCCAAAGGAGUUGCUGUUCCCGAUGCGAGUAUGCUUCCAGUUAAAUCAACCUCAGAUGUCAUGGAAUUGAUGGAAUUUGGACAAUCAAACAGGGCAAUGAGUUCAACUGCUAUGAAUGAAAGAAGUAGCCGAUCUCACAGCAUUGUUACUAUCCAUGUCGAGGGCAAGGAUUUGAAAACUGGAUCAAGUUCACGUGGUUCUCUUCAUCUGGUCGAUCUUGCUGGAAGUGAGAGGGUGGAUCGCUCUGAAGUAACAGGAGACAGGCUUAAGGAAGCACAGCACAUCAACAAGUCUCUCUCUGCUCUGGGUGAUGUCAUUUUUGCUUUAGCACAAAAGAGCAGUCAUGUUCCAUACAGAAAUAGCAAACUGACACAAGUUCUUCAAAGUUCCUUAGGCGGGCAUGCAAAGACACUAAUGUUUGUACAGGUAAAUCCGGAUUUAGCCUCAUUUUCAGAGACAGUAAGUACACUGAAAUUUGCAGAAAGGGUAUCUGGAGUAGAGUUGGGUGCUGCACAGAGCAACAAAGAGGGCAAAAAUGUCAAAGAUUUGAUGGAACAGGUGGCAUCCCUUACAGGAAAAAUUGCAGAGAAAGAUGAGGAAAUUAAAGAGUUGCAACUGCUCAAAGAUCUUAGAGCUGGCAAUGGAAGCAACUCAUUAAGGCACUCAUCAUCCUUUUCUGGCAGUUCACUUGCAAGUAGGCAGCAGCGACUGGCUAGUGGAAGGGUGGCAAGAUCUAGUGAAAGGAGUGCCUCGGAUACUGAAAACUUCUCUGAAUUCAGUGAUAGGUAUUCAGAGAAUAGCUCUCAGCAGUCUGUGGAUGACUUAAAGUAUCAGAAGGAUAUGGAUUCUGAGGAAAGACUAAGUGACAUAUCUAUGGGAGCCGAAACUGAUAGUUCAACUAUUGAGUCCAACUCUGAAGCUGGCAAAUCAUCAGACGCUACAAGAGAAAAAAUGGCCAGAGUUCCAUCACGUGUGCCUAAACCACUUCUGCCAAGGACUGGACAGACAACAUCUGUGAGAUCAAAAUUAAAAGAUCCUGUGAAAUCUCCAGUUCUGAGAAAGAGCACAGUCAGUCAGACAGCUAAAUCUCCAUCCAGCCCGACAACUAAAUCUUCAGCCAAGCCCUUAAGGCGCUAAACGCGGUUAUCAUCAGCACAGUUUUUUUAGAUUAUUUUACACUCUCCGCUGGCAGCAUGUCGAAAUUGGCUUGCCAUUAGGAGUUUACCUAACUGAUGCCGUUAUGUCAAUUGGCACAUUUGAUGCAGUUGAAGCCUGUAGUAUAUAUAGUAUAUGUAACUUACGUAGACGAUUGACGAAUUGUCAACAGGAGGAUAUUAACAUUGUUGUAUAAGUAGGAUGAUGUUACUGGAUAAUGUUACUUUUCGCAUGUAAGCGAAAGAAGCAUACGAAUUAAACUCGAUUCAUUGUAUAUGCGUAUCGUGUACUAGAUUCAUGUUGAUGUAAAUUGGGUGGAUUCUUUCAGACAUGUAAAGAUAUGAAAAGUAUAAUAAUCAAGUUCCCGUAAUGGGAAGGCAAUUUUUGAUGGUUUAUUAUGAA